AUGGCUCCCAAAACUUCUGCCAGAGCGCAGGAUGACAAACCAGAAGGCAAUGCCACCAAAGAACGCCCUUCAGUCUCCUCAGCCAAGAUGCGCCGCAACGCCAGCCAGACGAGCAACAACCAAGCACGCGAAGCGCCCACCAGCGCUCCUACUUCAGCUCCCGCACCGGGGCCCUAUGAGCCCGCGCCCCCUACAUCGCAACCGGCUGCUCUCCCUUACCGCUGCCUUGCCACCGACGCUGACACUGCCGCUCCCGGCGUCCGCCAGGUCCCCUGGGCUUCCUUUGAACGAGACGCACUGCACGCCUACCGACGCGAACACGCCCUCCCUUCCUCGACAUCGUUCAUGAGCACAUAUCACGAAUACAUUCUGACAGAAAAGGCCGGUAUCGGCCUGUACUCGCCGACCAUGGUGCGCAAGAGAAAGGCGCGUCGACAAAACAAGGAACAACUGGCCCUCGCCGUGCGCAAGCACUUCAAUGGCGUCGGUAUCCAAGAAAACGACGUCAUUGUCGACUUUAUAUGCAAAAUACGCCACAGCAAGUCUGUUAAAUUAGUAGGGUUGAGCAAGAACGAAGCGAUGCUCGCAGACUAG